UUUUUUUUUUUUUUUUUUUUUUUGUCGGGAGUCGGAAUAAAUGGUACCGGUCGUGGCGGGCUUCAAUUCUCAGCGAUGAACGAUCCGGCCAUUUUCACUACAACCAUUUCGUCUUCUUCCUCUGCUUCGUUCCCCUGUUUUUCUCACUCUCACGCUUUCUUCACUGACCAUUACAGAUUACUACUCUGAACCCUGCAUCCAUGAUGAUGAAGGGAUUGCAGAUUUGGUUGUUUUCUUUAGCUGCAAGCAAAUUCAGUUUCUCUCAGUGUGUGGCCUGAUGCAUCUGUUCCAAUUAUUAACAAAGCUAUAUGGUACCCGGAAGGUAUUCUAAAAUGAAGCCACAAGCAGUUUAUGAUAUUGAACUCGUCAGUUCUACGCAGGGCAUAAAACAUGAAUUUUGGCCUCUAGAUGCAAUCGAUCCGGACCAAGCGAAGUUCCCAUGCUGUUUGGUUUGGACUCCUCUUCCUGUUGUCUCUUGGUUGGCACCUUUCAUUGGCCAUGUUGGGAUUUGCAGAGAGGAUGGAGCUACUCUAGAUUUCGCAGGAUCAAAUUUUGUGAAUACCAAUGAUUUUGCAUUUGGUUCUGUUGCGAGGUACCAUCAACUCGACCGAGAAAAAUGUUGCUUCCCGACAAGCUUAGCUGCGCAUAAAUGUAACCAGGGCUACCAGCAUUCACAAUAUGGAACUGCCAUUACCUGGGACGAUGGCCUACAAUCAAGUACACGGUAUUUCGAGCAUAAGUCGUACAACCUUUUUACAUGCAACUCCCACUCCUUUGUUGCCAAUUGUCUGAACCGUCUUUGUUACAAUGGAUCGAUGAGUUGGAACAUGAUAAAUGUAGCAGCUCUAAUUCUGUUCAAGGGGCAUUGGGUUAAUGGCAUGUCAAUUGUAAGAUCAUUCCUUCCCUUUAUUCUGGUGGGCUGCCUGGGCAUUGCCAUGGUUGGAUGGCCCUUCUUGAUUGGACUGUCAUCUCUUUUUCUCCUUUUGGUUGGUUGGUUUGUUAUGGGUACUUAUUGUAUAAAAAGCCUGUUGGAAUGCUAGAUUUGGUUGAACAUUUGUAAUUGAGAAUCACCGAGUGAUGGUUCUCCAUCCAUUGAGAGAGAAUGUUUGCUCAUAUUUGUUGAACUUUGAACUUAUAGCAACAUAGAGUUUUAUAUAACGUGUAGAAACAUACUAUUUUGGUUCAUUUGAAAGCUUCAGCAUUGUAUUUGUUUAAAUAUUAAGAUCUGUUUUCCGUCUAAAAUUUUAUAAUGCUUGGUUUUAUUAUAAUGUUCUCUUUUGAUAAUAAUGCGUGUCCAUUGUUAUUUUAUGAUUCCUCAGACCGAUUGCACAUCCCAAUCUCAAAUAGAAAAUUCCAAAUUUAAAAUCCUUCAUCCGAAAUGGACCGAAUCCAUACUAGGUUCGGUCAACUCCCUGUCAAUCGAGCUCUAAUCGACCCAGAUUGUUUACUUGUUCAUCUCUUUCCUGCUUUGUUUGCGAUCUCGAUCAUGCGAUGUUCAGGAUUCAUGAAAUCCCUUUCAGUUUUUGCUGUUAAAGACGCCGGGUAUGCUUUUAUUUUCGGUUCUUCUAAUCAGCCUAUUUAAGUCUCUUGGAGUAUUGUUUGUUAACAGAUGAUGUUUAAAUUCCAUUUUUCAGGUGGUUACAUGAAAUCUAGCGCUGAAGUGAUUGCUGAUUCAAUCGAAAAUCUCUGGAAGCAAAGUUUAAUCAAAUACAGAAAGCUUUCCAGGCAGAAUGUAGUCACCAAGUGAGCUACUUUGUUUUCCUGUUAUAUUACAUCAGUAGCAUGAGCCAUUUGGCACGACUUUUCUGUAAUCACUUUGUCUUCUAUGAAUAUGAACAAAGUUGGAGCGGAA